AUACCCUCUAUGCUCUAUUCCUUGAGAAGCUCCUUUCUCUAGUCUUUUUUACUCUCUAUAUUCUAUAUAAAUAGACCUUUAAGAUCUAAUAAACCUCAUAUUGAGGCAAUCCAUAUGGAAGAAGCAUCCUUUAUCACUUCAUAUUGUGAUCACCAAACCACCUCUCCCUCCUCCUCUUCUUCCUCCUCCGCCACCACCACCACCACCGCCAUCAAAAUUAAUACGAAAAGGCCGAGUGAAGAGAAAAAUUGCGAUAAUGAUGAUCAAAAAAAGAAGUGUACAAGAAAUUUUGAAGGAAAACACCCUACUUAUAGGGGUGUAAGGAUGAGGAAUUGGGGUAAAUGGGUGUCAGAAAUCCGCGAACCAAGGAAAAAAUCUAGGAUAUGGCUAGGGACAUUCGCCACAGCUGAGAUGGCAGCUCGAGCCCAUGAUGUGGCGGCUUUAGCCAUCAAGGGCCCGAAUGCAUACCUAAAUUUCCCCGAGUUAGCCCAUCAACUACCCAAACCGGCCAGCACUUCUCCAAAAGAUAUUCAAGUUGCGGCUAAUAAAGCCGCAUUAGCAUUAGAUUCUCCCAACUCACAAGCCGAGCCAUUAAACCAAGCCGACUCCCUAGCAACCACAACCACAACCACGUCAUCACCAUCCAACUAUGACACGUCAUCAUCGGCUUCAUCGUCUAGUUUUGAUCAUACUUUCGACGACAACAUAUUCUUCAACUUGCCCGAUCUCUUCCUUGACCUUGAGAAUGUCAUUGAAUUCGGGCACUCGCUACAUUGGCGGCGGCUACCGGAAUCUGGUGAGCCACCGGUAAACGUCAAUGAUCAUCAGCCGGCAGAUCCCUUUUUAUGGAAUUACUAAUUAUAUUUGUCUUAGACUAAUAAUUAAUAAUAUAUAUUAUUAACUUUUGAUCAUCAA